AUGGCGAAAUCAGAGAAACUGGACGCAGUGACUGUUAGCCAGGAAAUCGUUCGGGAUGUAGGACAUUCAGUUAGUAAUGCAGAUAACAUUCUCUUAGCGAAACUUGGUUAUAAAAGCGAGUUCAAACGCGAAUUCUCGAUGACAGAGACAGUAGCCUUUGCCUUCUCUAUUAUGGGCGUUGUGGCCUCUGUCUCAUCCACCUUAUCGUUUGGAUUGGCCAGCGGGGGUCAUGUCGGCAUGGUGUUCGGUUGGUUGAUUCCGAGCCUGUUUGUGGCGACGAUAGCCCUUUCCAUGGCCGAGCUAGCUUCUUCCAUGCCUACAAGUGCUGGCUUGUACUACUUCUCUGCGAAGCUCGCUCCCCCAAAGUAUUCUGCCCUAGCCAGUUGGAUUACCGGAUGGGCAAACAUCACUGGGCAAGUGACUUUAGUCUGUGGCAUUGAUUACACAUGCGCCCAGAUGAUUGCUUCGGCAAUUGCAGUUGGAUCUGACGGCGCCAUCAUCCUUUCGGCUGGGGCAACGUACGGCAUCCUUCUUGCCAUUCUAUUUUCCCAUGGCGUCGUGUGCUCUGCUGCUACACACAUACUAGCCCGGUUAAACCUAUUUUACGUGCUGAUCACCGUGGGAACUACAAUUGCAGCGAUUAUCUUGCUUCUGGUUGUAUCAGGCGACGACAAAGUCUCCACCAAAGAUGCGUUUACGUUGUUCGAGAAUAAUACAGGUUGGACAAGCAAUGGAUGGGCCUUCAUCUUGGCCUUUACGGCACCUAUGUGGACAUUGACUGGAUAUGAUUCUGCUGCUCACAUAGCUGAAGAAGUUUCGGGGGCGGCGCGGGCAGCACCGAUUGCAAUCAUCGUUGGGGUUGGCGCCACAGCUAGCCUGGGAUGGUUGUUAUUGAUAGCCGCUUCGUUUGCCACCACUUCGGUGACAGCGCUACUCGAGUCACCUUUGCCGUUGCCGAUGGCACAGCUAUUCCUUGAUGUACUUGGUAAACGCGGCAUGCUGGCGAUCUGGUCUCUGAUUAUCGUGGUCCAGUAUGUCACCGGCGCCGCACAAGGGGUCGAUGCUUCACGUGUUGUAUUUGCCUUCGCGCGAGACAACGCACUGCCGGGCUCCAGACUGUGGAAAAAGAUAAAUGUUUACACUCAGACUCCCGUGAAUGCCGUGUGGUUUGUAAUUGUUGUGUCUGCUGUUUGCGGCGUCCUUGGCUUCUCGGAAACCGCAUUGGAAUCACUUGCUGGGUCCUCUGUGAUUGGAUUGUAUACGUCCUACGCCGCGCCCAUCUUUUUGAGGAUAACAUCUGGUCGGACCAAGCUAGUCCCAGGGCCAUUCAGUCUCGGGCGAUGGGCAAUUCCAAUAGGAACCAUUGCGGUCUCAUGGGUGAUGUUCAUGGUUAUCAUGCUAUUCUUUCCUUCUGGACGAUCGCCAGAGGCUGCGGAUAUGAAUUAUGCCAUUGUUAUUAUCAUGGCCGUUUUCAUUUUUUCCAGCUUUUGGUGGAUUGUUUCCGCUCGGAAAUGGUUCCAUGGGCCAAUCAAGAAUGUAGAUGAUCCCGAUAGCACCUACAACGUAGUACCGAAGGAGCAUGCAUAG